AUGAAAACAAGAACAUGUUUUGUAAUCAACCUUGCAGAAGAAUCACCCUCGUCUCCGAAAAUUAAACAUAAAACUGAAUCUUGCACCAUAUGUCAGGAAAACUCAAAAAUGAAAAAGAUUACUUUGGCUUGUGGACAUGAGUAUCAUGCUGAAUGCUUGGAGAAAUGGCUGAUUGUGAAAAACCUUUGUCCUGUCUGUAAUCAGAAGCAUUGGCCAUGGAGAAGAGAAACGUAUAAUAGGGAGAAGAAUGAUUUUUUUUUUAAUAUAUUGGGUUUAUUUCUUUACAUAUAUUUUUUCUUUAUUGCAUGCAUGCUUUCACCAUGUUGA